AUGGCCUCCUACCUCCUCCUCCGCGCCCACCACGCCCUCAUGUCCGCCCUCACCCCCGACACCGCCCCCGCCGCCCCCGCCCCGCGCCGCACCAUCCGCAUCGGCUCCCGCAAGUCCAAGCUCGCGCUCAUCCAGACCGAGCUAGUGCGGAGCCUGCUCGUCGCCGCGCACCCGCACCUCGACUUUGAGAUCGUGUCCAUGACCACCACAGGCGACAACAACCAGACCAAGCCCCUGCACUCGUUCGGCGCAAAGGCGCUCUGGACACAUGAGCUGGAAGAGCUCCUGCUGGACGGGAGGGUGGAUAUGAUUGUGCAUUCCCUCAAAGACAUGCCCACGCAGCUCCCCCUCCACUGCACCAUCGGCGCCAUCCUCCCACGCGAAGACCCCCGCGACGCCCUCGUCAUGAAAGCCUCCUCCCCGCACACAACACUCGCCUCCCUCCCCGCGGGCUCCACAAUCGGCACCUCCUCCGUGCGCCGCAGCGCCCAACUCGCCCGUAGCCACCCGCACCUCACCUUCCAAGACGUGCGCGGCAACGUCGGCACCCGUCUCGCCAAGCUCGACGACCCCUCGUCGCCCUACGCCGCGCUCAUUCUCGCGAGCGCGGGGCUGAUCCGGCUGGGGCUGUCGGAUCGGAUCACCGCGCCGCUGGAGAGCCCGGUGCUGCUGCAUGCGGUGGGGCAGGGGGCGCUGGGGGUUGAGGUGCGGGAGGGGGAUCAGGAGGUGGAUGUGCUGCUGGCGCCGCUGAGGGAUGUGAAGACGGCGUUGGCGUGUCGUGCGGAGAGGAGUCUGAUGAGGACGUUGGAGGGGGGGUGUUCGGUGCCUAUUGGGGUGGAGACGGCGUGGGAGGGGGGGGUGUUGAAGAUGAAGGGUAUUGUGGUGAGUCUCGAUGGGGCAGAGGCUGUUGAUUUUGAUGGUGAGAUGGAGGUUACGGAGGAGGAGGAGGCCGAGGAGAUGGGGAGGGUUGUGGCGAGGGGGCUGGUAGAGAAGGGCGCGGAGGAGAUAUUGAAGAAGAUUAAUCUGAAUAGGGAGAUUGUGGAUGCGUAG